AUGAUCAACAACCCCCAUUUCAUAACCACACACCUCUCCAAUUCCACGCGUACCUCCAGCAGUCUCUUUUUCAAGCGCUUGGUCCUCAAGAACACCGAAACCGACGACGGGGAAACUCUCCUCACAUUGGUUAGUAACAGCUACGACAAUGCUGGCGAAGAUGCUGCUGAUGAGAAUGAGCAAAACAAGAGUCAUAGUUUUGUCGCCGAAGACACAGCUAGGGAACAAUGUUUUGGGUUUGAGGAUUUGAAAUCUGUGACUCUUCAUGGGCAUGCUGACGGGAUCAUUUGUCUAGCCGAUUCCGACAACAACGUGGUUUUAUGCAACCCGACAACCAGGGAAUUCAAAAAGUGUGCUUCCCCUGACCUAGGUGUUGGUGCUUUGGGAUUUGGAAGCGACCCGAAAACCAGGAAUUUCAAAGUUGUUAACAUUACUGAAAACGGUGAGGGCGACGACAACGACUGCGAUGAUAUGUUGUACUGCAAGGGAUUUUGUUAUUGGGCCGGAAAUGAGCAACUGAAGGAGUUCAUCAGUGUGUUUGACAUGACGGAGAACCAAACAGUUAGGCAAUUGAUCGUUUCGUUUGAUAUAGUUGACGAGGUUUUUCAUCCUAUAUUGUUUCCCGACAUCAUAUACGACUCGGGCUAUAGUCCAUAUAGUCAGCUUGUUGUGUGGGACAAAUCCGUUGCUCUUUAUGCAUCCAUUCAUGAUGGAUCGAUGGGAUUAUGGUUGAUGGACAGCGGUUGGACGAAGCUAUUUGCCUUUACAUCGUUGGAAGAUGUCCCGACACCGUUGCAAUAUUGGAGAGGCAGCAGCCAUGAUGAGCUGCUUCUUAUGGUUUCUCAGGAAGGCCGCCUGUUCACAUUCGACCUCAAUACAGAAACCCAAGAGUAUGUUCCGGUUUGCAGCAUGGAUGACUACCAAGACUCUAUCUUCCACAAGUAUGUUGCAGAUUGGGGCGGAGACCCGGAUUGUUCGCAAGUAGUUGUGUGUGUGGGUAACAUAGUUCCCUUAAACAGAAGCAACCAGUGCUAG